GAUGCCGAGUCUGGGGACCAGCUGAGAACAAUCACGCCACCUCCGGAUCAAGAGUUUCCAGCACACUUUCAUAUUUUUUCCAGGGAAUUUGCUCAUGGCCAUCUGUACGCCAAUAAGAGCAAUCGGGGAAACCUCCUCUGAUCCAAUUCGCACGUUGGACAAUAGCAAGCCACCUGAUCCCCUUGAUAGUCUCUCAGAGUGUUAUCUCGGUGUCAAAUUGUGCUCAUUGGAUGAGCCAACUCACAAGCAGCAUCAAAAGCCGGUCAUGAAUCCAAUUGGUCCAUUAUUUCCCACACAAAGUGGACUGUCUAUGGCACCGCGGAAACUGGAUCGUUUCACGAAAGCCAUGUUCUUACCAAGCUGCCACUUUCCAUUGGACAGAAAGUACAUCGGUCUACUUGAGUACCGCGCAGUAGUCAAAAUUUUUGAUACCGACCUUAUCAUGAAGAACAAUGCGAUCAGAUUUUCGCCGCCAAGUCCGGCCAUGGAGUUCCAUUUCAUGUUUUGCCGCCAUAGCGUGGCAACAAAUCCAUCAAACCAGGAACUUCCUCGUCAAGGUUUGGAGCAAGGGCAAUAGGAGACAUUCAACGUCGAUGCCCUUGCCAAAGACAAAUUCGCUUGAUAUUUUCGGGUAUCUAACUGCUGCGCUUUGCUGGAGUUCUGACAAUGUCUAC